AUGCAUACUAUGGACACCAUGGGGUACGGCCAUAAGAAGUACCGGCCGCCCCUAUCGCCCACGAACUUCUACCAACACGACUACUAUUCUAGACAUACAACCCUCCGGCCACCGAGUGAGUACCGGUUCGCGGGCGGGGGGUAUCCAAGGGCGAGCAGCGGCAGUCGCAGUAGUGGCGGGCUGUGUUCCGCGGCGCUGGUGGGCGGCGCCCUGCUGGCGGCGUUCGCUGUGCUGGCUGUGGCAGCACUGGCCUUCUACAUGGGCGCGCUGAGACCCGACAACGGAGAACCAAUGAUGACUUUCGAGGGUACAUUCCGAGUGACACGUGGCGACGUGUACGGCGGAGCACCCAACAGUCCUGCGUGGCGCGAGCGGGCUCGGCGCUACAGCACGGCACUCAGGCAGGUCUACAAUGGCCAUUCGCCCCUAAGGCAGGCAUUCGCUGGCGCCAUGGUCACGGGCUUUGGCGAUCGACGCUUAGACGUCCAUUUCAAACUUUAUUUAGAUAGAAGAAAAAUACCAAGCACCGUAGCUAAUAUAGAAGAAACACUAAAGAAUAUUUUAGUGCAAGAUAUACUAUCGAAACAUCCCGCUUUUGGACAAACAAUAAAAGUAGACACUUCGAGCAUAGUAAUAAAAAGAGAUUUAGAACAUACAUAUCAUUCAGAAUCAUAUGUUAAAGAAGCAAUGAAUGAAAGCAUGGCUACGAAUUACCCAAAGUCUCCAUCACCUCAAAGUGGAAAAGACAAAACAUUGCAAACACGCGUGGGUGUUGUUAGAAAAACAACAGUGAAACCAAAUGCACCAGGUAAAAAAGAUGACAGCGAUGAGCCCGAAAUAGACCUUGAAAAUAUUCCUGUCGUGCAGGGUACGUUCCAAAUAACGAAAACAGAGGCCGAUAUAACAGAAAAUAAAAAAGCUUCUAAUCCCGUAAGAGCUAGCCAUAAACCAGUUUCGACUACGAAAGUAACGACAGGCACAAAAAGUUCAACGACAAAACCUUCAACAGUUAAAACUUCAACAACGAAGAAAGCACCAACAAGUACACCUAAAAGUCGACCUUUUACAAUUACCUCUACAUUUAACGUGAAAACUAAAACAGACCCUCCUCCGAAAAGGGACAAUUCAGUAAAAUCUGUAUUGACAUCAACGACAUCAUCUACAACUGUGCCUCCAUCUGAUUAUAACAUAACGACACAAAAAACAUCAAAUAAUGUGUCACAAAUAUUACUUGAACUUCUUACUAAUGAGAACCAUUACAAAGACUUACCAAAGAUAGACACACUCUUUACUGUUCCACAUGUAAUCGACAAUGAACCAUGGAGACCCAUAACAAGGCCAUACUAUGAAGUUACAAGUAAAGCUCCAUCGGUAGUUAACGAAGUGACUAGUGACCUUAAUGCGGAGGACAGAAUGGGCGUUGCUGAGGUCGUAGAUGAUGCAUCUAUUUUAGAAAGUAUGUUAACACCAAUUCCACCUGUUAAAAAUCGAGAUAGAACAACUCGUAAACCAGCGGGAGUUUAUGAAGUAGAUCCUGAUUUAGCGGCAGAAGUUUACGUGCCAAGCCCUGUGUACACAAGUUUUACAAUACCUACAUAUGCUCCACCGCUUAAAAAUAUGGAAACCUUGGGAACUGGCUACGUAAAACCACAUCCGAUUCCAGUAGAUAAAAUCAGUUCUGUAGUUGAAGUACAAUCUGAAGUUUAUACAGAUGAUGAAGAUGAUGGUAAACCAAUACAAAGGCCACCAAAGGACAAAAUCACUUCCGUGAUUGUAAAUAUAGCUCAACAAGAUACAAGUACAGAGAAAAUUGCAUUUGAUGGAGCUUCAAUUAUAAAGAAACCUAAUAGCACAAAAUCAGCGACAACAACAACCACUACUACCUCCACAACUACUGUAACCUCCACAACCACCUUCGCUCCAACUAGUACGAGAACUUCAACCACUAGUAGUACAUCACAAGUUCCAGAACUAGAAGCAAGAAAUGAUAAUGAUACUUAUCUUGAAGAUAAAUUUCAUAAGCAUACUUAUAAAGAAAAUUCUACAAAGCGCCCCAAUAAUAAAGUUUCUGUAAUUCCUACUACAAGUGGACCUCUUCAUACUUGGGAACUAGUUAAUACAUCUACUAAUGACAAUGAUACUUUUAACAAGAACUCCCCUGAUAAAUAUUAUAACGACACUUUACAGGCGAUAAUAACGAAAAAUGAUGCAUUGUUCCCCAACACUACACCUCGAUUUCCGAGCAAAGUUUCUAUUUUAAGAAAUUUAACAGAAAUCAUAAAAAGAUAUUCCCAAAACACCACAGAAAAACCAUCUAAACACACAGAAAGUACUGAAAAAAUGGAAGAACAAUACAAUACUGAGAAACUUGAAGAACGACAUGGUACUAACAAAAUGACUGGUUCGGUUGAAGUUGUUCUGGAGGAAGAAAUCCAAACAAGUACUGCUAAUGUCAUAACUUUGUUGCCAGCCAAAUCAAAUCUUGGUGGAAACCGGCCACUCAGACCUCGACCGAAAAUAAAAGCAGAAGCCCAAAUUUCUAAAGAAAGUCUACGAAGUUUCUUAAACAAUGCACCUAAUACACAAAAAAUAAUAAACGAUCUCAGUACUGAAAAUUAUAUUAAAAUUUCUCAAAAUCCAGACUCCAAUGAACCAGAAAUUAUAACAUCCUACCCAGAUUAUGAAGAAAAGAAAGAAGAGAAAUAUAUGUUCACAACUGUCGCUGACAGUUUAAGAGUGGCAACCGAAACCGGCUCAAGUAAUAAUCGACUACCCAAAAAAAGUGAUGACUUGAAUACCGAAAAUUCAAACAACAUUCAAGUGACGAAUGUACCUGAAGGCACAUAUAGAGUAUCUUAUCACGUAACAGGAAGUGUAAGCAGCAAGCAGGCAAAUAAAACUCAAAGUUUACCGGCCUAUGAGCUAACUUUGGAACCUGAUGUAGUACUAGAAAUUCCGUACAACCAAUCAAAUACGUUAACGAUUGAUAAAUUGAAACAACUUGCUAAUCUAGCAACUAUAUCAGAUUCAAAUAAUAAUACUUUAUUUCGGGCUCCUGGUGGAGUCAUAUCUACAAAAGCUAUUCCAUCAAGCUAUACAUUGAACCAAGCAGGAUUUAAGAUACUAACGAAAACAUUCAACAAAGCUCCACCUUCCAAACAAGAUGACAACCGGUUAGAAAAACCUGAAAAAGUAUACAAUAAACCCAGUUUUACAAAUAAACUAUUCUUAGAAAAAGAGUAUACCAAGGAUAUUGAUAAGAAAGAGGAAUGUAGUAAUGCUACAUCGUUUCGAUGUACCUCUGGUGAUUGCUUGCCACUGACCUCUCGAUGUAACCGUCUUUUGGACUGUCCAAAUGGUGAAGACGAACGAGCAUGCUCAUGUGCGGACUAUUUGCGAGCAGAGUUUUCUCAAUCCAAAAUUUGUGACGGCGUCGUUGACUGUUGGGACUAUACGGAUGAAAAUAAAUGUGAAUGGUGCGAAGAAGGCCAGUACGUGUGUGCGAAUGCAAAACAAUGUAUUGAUAGAAAUCGAGUAUGCGACGGAAACCCAGAUUGUCCGCUGGGGGACGAUGAGAAAAGCUGUGUCGCUCUAGCUGAUGAGUUAGAGGAUAACGAAGUUAUCCCAUACAACGAAGAAGGCUUUGUCAUGGUGCGAAAACGUGGUGUAUGGGGACGACUGUGCGUAGAUAGUUUUGCAGACGUGGUGGAUCAAGCUCACAGUUCACUUAAGCUUCCCGAUUUAGGAAAGGCGGUUUGCCGAGCUAUGACAUUCCAUGACUCCCCGUGGACUAGAGAAGCGCGUGAAGGUCGCAAAACAAGCUCAGUUGGUUACUGGGAAGUGUGGCACAACGCAGAAGCGCGCGCCGCUGACACCAGGCUGACCUUCCGCCGAGCCACGUGCGCCAAGCGACGAGCGCUGCGGGUGCGCUGUCAAGACCUCGACUGCGGCAUCAGACCACACGCUGAUGCCCAGCAACCAAGGGAUGUAACUGAGCGCGGUGCGCGCGUGCGCUGGAGCAGGGUGGUGGGCGGCGGUGGCGCGGCGGCUGGCGCGUGGCCCUGGCAGGCGGCGCUGUACCGCGACGGCGACUUCCAGUGCGGCGCCACACUCGUCGCCGACCAGUGGCUGCUGUCCGCGAGUCAUUGCUUUUACCAAGCAACAGAAGCGCAUUGGGUGGCGCGCCUGGGAGCGUUACGACGGGGCGCGUGGCCGCGUGGGCCCUGGGAACGAGUGGCGCGCGUGCGCCAAGUGAUAGUGCACCCGCGGUACGCGCCACGCGGCUUCCGCAACGACAUCGCAUUGCUGCGCGUCGACCCGCUGCCGUUACACGCCCGCCUGCGACCCGCCUGCCUACCACCGCCGCGCGCGCAGCCGCCCGCCGGCCGGCACUGCACCGUCGUCGGAUGGGGACAGCUUUAUGAGCACGAGAGAGUGUUCCCGGACACACUACAAGAGGUUGAAUUGCCCGUAAUCUCGACGGCAGAGUGUAGACGUCGCACACGCCUGCUGCCGCUGUACCGCGUCACUGAGGACAUGUUCUGCGCGGGCUACGAGCGCGGCGGACGCGACGCCUGUCUCGGGGACUCGGGUGGCCCGCUGAUGUGCCAGGAGUCUGACCGGUGGUACAUCUACGGGGUGACGAGCAACGGUUACGGCUGUGCGCGCGCCAAUCGUCCCGGGGUAUACACCAAAGUAUCGAACUAUAUAGAAUGGAUCGAGUCCGUGAUGGCAACGCACACGCCACGCAAGAACCACACACGAGUCGACAGUGGAGAGUACGAAGACGACGACUUCUACGCCGACCUAGAAGCCGCCGAGAACAGGCGAGCAUCCAGAAUAGACACCUGCAGGGGAUACCGAUGCCCUCUAGGCGAGUGUCUCGCACCUUCCAGCGUGUGCAACGGAUUCCUAGAAUGUUCCGACGGGAGUGACGAGUGGCAAUGCGAGAAAACGCAAUCAAACAACACGAGGACGCACAACCCAGAUUGACGCUAAAAGCGUCCUAUUUAUUCGCUAACUAGUAAAACCCGCGUCGUAGACUAAAACAUAAUAAGAAAACAAUUGAAUCCGACUGAUAUUUUUUAAGUAGGUAGAGUAGCGUAUCUAUUCUUGAUAAGAUUAAGCGAAUCCUCUUUAAGAGAAUUUUUCCAACAAAAUUUUAUAAAAUACGUCUAAAUCUUUCUGGAGAUUAUGCCAUAACUUUGCAGUAUCUGGGGCUUGUAAAUAUAGCUGUAAUAUGAACGCCUGGACAAUUGUUGUCACUGCACAAUCGAUUCUUAUCCUAAUGUAUUUAUUGAAGUUUUCCAUGGAUGACCUUUUCCGUUUGAAUUACUUUAUUAUGUGAAAUUUUCAAAUGGACGAUGUUAACCAUGAUAAGUAUCAAAUAAAAAUAUUAACUUAUGUCUGUGUUUGAAUGUUUU